UCUCCGAAACAAGGCCAUCCGCAAUCCCUUUUUAACUGCCGCCGCACCACUUCCAUCCCUGAUACGGCGGAAACCUUUCCAUCCCAUUUUGUCUGAAAACAGAGGAGAGAUUUCGACGAUGGAGGAAUCGAAAACGAGCGAUAGGCUAUCUGUAUUUUUGGAUUCAGGGAUAUACCGAUUUGAAAAUUCAAAUGUGGUUUUUAUUGACCCGGUUCGGGUGCUAAAUCUGUCGUAUAACCGCCAUAGGGUUUCUCCAACUGCCUACUACUCUCGUUUCUUCCAUUCCAAGUGCUCUGGUCAAGACCGCCAUGAAACUAAGCUCUCCUCCAGUUCAAAGAAGCGUAAGCGAAGAGAGAAGAAACCUCACUCCUUGAACGAAAGAGAACGAGCUGCUGAUCAGCGCCACCGGCAAGCGAGGCCUAUGUUGUUGAAGGCAUUGGAAUGCUUACUGACGGCUACUGAUCUUUUAGCUAUUAUGAGAAAUUUAAGGAGUGAAUCUUGUCCCUUCGAAUGCAGAGAAGCACCACUACAUCACAAUGAGCACGCGCUUACGGAACUUUGCCGCGUUUGGCAAGCACCUCUAUACGAAAUUACCCUUAAUUUUCCUAAACAUCACGAGCCAAGCAAAGAUGUAGGUUCCCCAAUUGAUCAAUGCAAUGGCCAGAGAAUUAUUCCAGUUUUUAAUAAUUUGGUUGUUAAUGAGACCAUCAGUGAUGUAGAUGCAGAGUUUUUAAACGAGAAAUAUAUAUUACCCAGAGAGAGUUGCUUUUACAUGGUAUGUCUGGCUUUUAAAUUAUUUUUCCCCUUUAAAAAGAGAAGCCAAAUAAAUUUUAUUGCUUGUCUUGAUCCUUUACAUUUCAUAUAUCAUGAUACUGUUAAGUGUUUAGUUUUAUAUGCUUCAUAUUUUAUGCCAAACUACUUAACUAUAUUGUUAAAGUUGUUUUCUUGCAUAUUCUUUCAUGUCUUAUCUUCUAUAAUGUCGAAGUCUGACCUGGAGCAGGUUCACAACCUUAUUCCUGCUGAAUCUGAUUGUGGCUUCAAUCUAAUAGUGGUUGAUCCGCCAUGGGAAAAUGCAAGUGCUUCUCAGAAACUCCUGUACCCUACAUUGCCAAAUCGAUAUUUCUUAUCCCUUCCAAUUAAGCAACUUGCUCAUAUAGAUGGAGCACUUAUAGCCUUAUGGGUGACAAAUAGGGAGAAAUUGCGUAAUUUUGUUGAGAAAGAACUAUUCCCCUCAUGGGGAGCCCAUUAUGCAGCUACUUUUUAUUGGCUGAAGUCAUACUCAAGUCAUAUAGGUGAAAGCAGAUGGCUCAUUGAUUAGUGAUUUAGACCUCUUUCACCAUAGGCCCUAUGAAUGCCUUCUUUUGGGGUACUGUCAUGGGAAGGGCCGGAAUUCUGAACACAUGUCAAGCUGGAGUGACAAAGUCAUCAUAAGUAUCCCUGGAGAUUACUCAAGGAAGCCCCCAAUUGGAGAGUUGCUGUUGGAGCAUGUUCCAGGCCCUAAACAUGCUAGGUGUAUUGAACUGUUUGCUAGAGAGAUGAUAGGUGGGUGGACUUCUUGGGGAAAUGAACCUCUUCAUUUUCAGAAGUCAAGCUAUUUUGUAGAAAGAUAGAGACAGCACAUCCAGAUGAAGAUAUUCUUGCUUUAGCUACAAAAGGGGAUCUGGAAUUUGUGGCUUUCAUUUUUUCCAUGACCUGCUUUGUGGCAAUUUCGACGUGAGGAACAAAGACAGACUAGUCGACGACCAACUGACCAUGGCAAAAAACCUGCGGCUGUGGAUGUGGGAACUGUGAUUUUCAAGAUCAGAUAAUUAUUGGACACAACAUAUCAUGUGGCUUAUAUUGAGGACAAAAUUGGGGAGGCCAUGAAAGUGAUGUUUAGAAGAGAGGGUAGAAAACAAAUGGAUCUGUUCUAUCAUUUUGGUAGGCAGUGCAGGCUGUUGAGGCAUAUUUGUUAAUAGAGUCCUAUUCAAGCCCCACAUUUUAAUAACCCAUGAAUGCUCAAUUAUUUAUCGCAUUGUGUCAGCUUAUUGCUUAACUUAAAAUUAUGAAUGGGCAAACAAUGUAAUUGAAUUUGAGUCGUCCUGCUGUUGGCAUUUUAUUUUA